UAGUUUUAAAUAUACACAAUCUUUCGAUCUCCAAAAUGGCAACUCGUUUGAGUGAGCGAAAAAAAAUACAAUCACUUCUUAAAGUUACUUUUGGCAGUGCCACUGUGUUUGCUGGUACAUGCAUGUAUCAAGGAAACGAAAAAUUUUAUAAUCAAGUCCUUAUGCCUUUAGUUACAUUAGUUGAUCCUGAGAUUGCUCAUAACUUGGCUGUAACUGCUGCCAAGUGGGGAUUUAUUUCUGAACCGAGAACACCUGAUUCUUCGGCUUUAAAUCAAAAAGUUUUUGGAUUAAAGUUCAGUAACCCGGUAGGAAUGGCUGCUGGUUUUGAUAAGCAAGGAGAAGCUAUCAAAGGUUUAACUAAAAUGGGAUUUGGUUUUGUUGAAAUAGACAAAGCAAUAAUAAAUCGUUACGGAUUCAAUAGUGAAGGCCACGAAGCUGUUUACAAACGUCUACUUGACCUAAGAAGCGAUUCAAGCUUUACCGGAAUAAUCGGAGUAAAUUUAGGCAAAAAUAAAACAUCAACAGAUCCGGUUGCAGAUUACGUCGAAGGAGUCAAAAAAUUCAGUGAUGUCGCUGACUAUCUUGUGAUAAACGUUUCCAGUCCGAACACCGAAGGAUUAAGAGACUUACAAGGCAAAGAACAUUUAGAAAAACUUUUGAGUUCAAUAAACAGCGUACGUCAAAGUAUGAAAUCUUAUCCUCCUUUACUUUUAAAACUGGCACCUGAUCUGACGAAUAAUCAGCGACAAGACGUGGCGGAGAUUAUCCAAAAAUCCAAAUGCAAAGUCGACGGCCUUAUUCUCUCAAAUACGACUAUAAGUCGCCGUGACCUGUCAAGUGAGCAUAAAAAUGAAACUGGAGGCCUUAGCGGAGCACCGCUGACUGAUUUAUCAACUGAUUUAAUUGCUGAUAUGUAUAAACGGACUAAUGGUAAAAUUCCCAUUGUUGGAGUAGGUGGAAUUUUUUCCGGCAAAGACGCUUUUGAUAAAAUCAAAGCCGGUGCUUCUUUGAUACAAAUUUAUACAUCGUAUGCGUACCACGGCCCGCCA